CAGCUGAGCCCAGGGCUUCACAGGAGGGCGUCCUUCAGCCCGGCCUCUGAAGGGCAGUUCAGGCAGCACGGCGAACGGCGAUAGCCCCGAUUCUAGCCCACAGGAUGAAGUGGAUUUCCAGGGUCCACACCGACAGAAAGAACCAAACCAAUACGAGAGGAGGGGAGGACGGGCAGCUUUCUGACAACGGAAAUCCAGCCAACAGACGUGGAAGGCACAUGCAAAGGGGAAGUCCGUCUGUGGGACCCAGCGACACCGUCGUAGGCAGGACCCACAGUGGUCGCCCCGACCCGAGGGCGGGGGGCAGGCACACAGCACUGGUGGCCUCAGGGGACUUCCCAGGACACUGCUGAAGACAAAAGGACAAGGACUCACUUCCCACUGGAGAGACCAGCAGACUCCCUUCUCCGGGUGACCGAGUCCCUGUCACCGCCACGGGCAUGACGAUGCCCACUGAAAAUGCAUCACCUCGCCCAGUCAUGAGAAGACGUCCGACAGUCGAUCCAAGGGACACUGGACAGAACACCCGCCCAGCAGCCCUCAAGAGCGUCAAGAUGGAGGAACCGAGAGUGUGCGGAGGCUCCGUCAGCAGGGUCCCGGGGACCAGGGAACCAGGGCAGUAUUUGGUCAGGAACGUCACCCCAGGAUACCGAGAGGGCUUUCUCUGGAAGCGUGGCCGGGACAAUGGGCAGUUUUUAAGCCGGAAGUUUGUGCUGACUGAACGAGAGGGGGCCCUGAAGUAUUUCAACAGAAAUGAUGCCAAGGAGCCCAAGGCCGUCAUGAAGAUUGAGCAUCUGAAUGCGACCUUUCAGCCGGCGAAGAUAGGCCACCCCCACGGCCUGCAGGUCACCUACCUGCGCGACAACAGCACCCGAAACAUCUUCAUUUACCACGAGGACGGGAAGGAGAUGGUGCACUGGUUCAACGCGCUCCGCGCCGCCCGCUUCCACUACCUACAAGUGGCCUUCCCGGGGGCCAGCGACGCUGACCUGGUGCCGAAGCUGACCAGGAACUACCUGAAGGAAGGCUACAUGGAGAAAACGGGGCCCAAGCAAACAGAAGGCUUUCGGAAGCGCUGGUUCACCAUGGACGACAGACGGCUCAUGUACUUCAAAGACCCCCUGGACGCCUUUGCCCGAGGGGAGGUCUUCAUCGGCAGCAGGGAGAGCGGCUACACGGUGCUGGACAGACUCCCACCGGCUACCCAGGGCCACCACUGGCCACACGGCAUCACUAUCGUCACGCCGGAGCGCAGGUUCCUGCUGGCCUGUGAGACGGAGCCGGAGCAGCGGGCGUGGCUGGACGCGUUCCGGAAGGUGGUGGACAGGCCCAUGCUGCCCCAGGAGUACGCAGUGGAAGCCCACUUCAAGCAUAAACCCUAACCUGGAGACGGUCCUGGAGGCCUGAGGCGGCGGCGGCUGGACCGUGGGGGCCUGUGGACGGCGGGAGCGGCUCCCGGCCUGACGGCAGCCCCAAACAGCAAGGUGGGGCCCGAGCUUUAGCCACUGGGACCUUUUCUCUGGAACCUCACUGUGGGCCAGCCCGGCCCAAGCUGGUCAUGCUGCUGUCCCCCAUGACACCUCGGCCCUGCCCCACGCCCUGCCCACUGGACCCCACUUCCCCUCUGAGGGCCUGGCCUCCGGCCAGGGCAGCCCAGCACACCCCUCCUCCUCCUCUCCCUCCCUCGUGCUGCCACCUGCCCACCUGAGUGGGACACCACCGACCAGGAGGCUGGGCCGUGGGGACAGCGUGCAGCCUGCAUGCCUCCCAGCCUGGCCCACCUCCACGUCCCCUCACAUCCCUCCUACCCCUUCAGCAAGUAUUUAUUGAGCUGUGUGGGCACGGGGUCCUGGGGGCUGGAGUGGAGGACACGGCCCUCUCCCUCAAGGAGCUGCCCGGGGUGCGCACAUGGGGCCCCGGGCACCUGGCUUGGGUGGGGCGACUGGAGGGUCAGCGUGUGCCUGCUGCCCACUGGGCACCUCAGGGGCCCACUCACAGCUUGGUGCUGACCAGUGACACCCCCACCCUGACCUUGCCGUCUGGUCCCUUGGAGCAUGGAGCCCACUCACCCACCCGGCCCCCGCAUGCCGCUGGCCCACCAGCACUUUCAACCACGGCUCCUCCCGGGUGCCCUGGCUCUGCUGCCCUGGGGGGCGGUGGGUGAGGGACGACGUCUGUGACAGCGUGUGUGGGGGUUACCUGCUGCCGGGUCAUCUGGGCAGCCCCCAGGGGAGCCCUGGAGGGAACCAGGAGGGUCCCCGAGGGACAACCAGGGAUGUCCUGCCACCCCACACACCUGUGUGACAUUGGAAUAAAGUGGGGCUCUGAUGUGGC